AUGGCUGGAACAUCGGCCAUGUGGGAUAGAGAAGUUACUAUAAUCUUCUGUGAUUUAUGUGUAAGGGAGGUUGAGGUGGGAAAUAGACCCACUACAUUUUUUAACAAAGAAGGGUGGGGAAAUAUUUUAGUUAAAUUCAAAGAAAUGACUGGAAGAGAUUACGAUCGCAUGAAAAUGAAGAACAAAUGGGACCAGUUAAAGAAGGAUUGGAAACUAUGGAAAGAACUAAAACAGGGAUCAACAGGAAUGGGCUGGGAUCCUGUUAAGCGCACAAUAGAUGCACCAGAGGAAUGGUGGGCUGAAAAACUACAGGUACUAGGAGUUCGAGAGUACCACAACAGGAGACCACCGCAUAUGGUUCGAGUUCUUCCGUGUAUACCGCACCCCAUCAAGACACGCUUGCUCGGGGAUUAG